UCCACCGGCCCCCACUUUUGUGCGCGCUCUGUCGUCACGUCCGUCUCUCUUCGAACAAGGCCGAGGGCAGCCGAGCGCGUCGCAGCGGCCCGUGAACGUAGCCAGCCGGUCGCUGAAAUAUCCCCGAGCCCGCACCUUCCGCCGCCGCCACCGCCUCGGCCCGUCUGGAGCCGAGAUCACCCAGCGCCUCGCCAUGAAACCCAUCCUGCUGCAGGGACAUGAGCGUUCCAUCACACAGAUCAAAUACAACCGAGAGGGAGACCUGCUCUUCUCCUCUGCCAAGGACCAGAUUGUGAAUGUCUGGUACUCGGUGAAUGGCGAGCGCCUGGGCACCUACAAUGGACACCAGGGAGCCGUGUGGUGCGUGGACGUGGACUGGGACACGAAGAACGUACUGACCGGAGCAGCCGACAACACGUGUCGCCUGUGGGACUGUCAUACGGGGAAGCAGAUCAGCUUGGUCGAGACCAAGUCGGCGGUGAGGACGUGCGGCUUCGACUUCAGCGGAAACAUCGUCAUGUUCACCACAGACAAGCAGAUGGGCUACGACUGCUUCAUCCACCUCUUCGACCUGCGGGACCCCAGCCAGAUCACCGACAAUGAGCCAUUCAUGAAGAUCCCGUGCAAGGAGUCGAAGGUGACGAGCGCCAUCUGGGGUUCGCUCGGGGAGUACAUCAUCGCCGGCAUGGAGAACGGCGAGCUCUGCCAAUUCUGCCGCAAGACCGGGGAGGUGCUGUCACGCACCAAGGAGCACACGAAGCAGAUCCACGACAUCCAGACCUCGCUGGAUCUCACCAUGGUCAUCUCGGCCUCCAAAGACACCACCGCCAAGCUGUACGACGCCGACUCCCUGGAGCUUCUCAAGACUUACAAGACGGACCGGCCCAUCAACUCGGCCGCCAUCUCGCCCACACACGAUCACGUGGUGCUGGGAGGUGGACAGGAGGCCAUGGACGUCACCACCACGUCCACCAGGAUCGGCAAGUUCGAGGCCAGGUUCUUCCACCUGGUGUUCGAGGAAGAGUUUGGCCGUGUCAAGGGCCACUUCGGGCCCAUCAACAGCGUGGCGUUCCACCCCGACGGGAAGAGCUACAGCAGCGGUGGAGAGGACGGCUACGUACGCAUCCACUACUUCGACUCGCAGUACUUCGACUUCGAGUUUGAGCACUAGGACGGCCGCAUGUGGAGAGUACAGAGAGAGCCGCACGGGGUCGGUGAGGUUGGCGUGGUGCGGAGCGUCGUGGACGUCUGGCUCGCUGGCUGCGUCGUCAGUUGGGACGCUCGCUGGCUCACUGGCUCGCUGGCUUGCUUGCUCGAGUGCGACCCCGCGUGUCUUCAGGCUGGAUGUGGCCAGGGUUCACGUGUGGUGUGGGUACCGUGUGGAAAAAAUGUAAUAAAAAAUGAAAACAACAUAGAAGGAGUGAGGA